AAAGUCAUUAAAACGACAUUGGAGUCUGAGGAAUUCGAAGAAAAAGAGAAAUGCGGAGACAUAGAGAGAGAGAGAGCCAGAACACACCUAGAUUUUGAGUAGUUCCGCAGAGAGAAGUUGGGUUAGUGGAGAAAGAAAAGCGAAAUGGUGUUAAUGGUAAAACAACAGCUUGUUAGAGGAAAUAAGACUCGUUUAUGGGGAGGAGCAUUUCUUUGUUGGCUCUUCUUCAUGUUGAUCACUCCAAAGUUUUCUUUUUACCCAGAACAUCACCUUUUUGCUGACAUGCGUAAUUUUUUUGGAGUGCCUAACACCUUGAAUGUGAUCACAAAUUUCCCCUUUUUGAUUGUGGGUGUUGUGGGGUUUGUUCUCACUCUCCAAAGAGGCUUUUUUAACAUCAGUUUCCGAGGAGAGAUUUGGGGUUGGGCGCUAUUCUUUGCAGGAAUAGCAGCUGUGGCGUUUGGUUCUGCUUAUUAUCAUCUUAUGCCUGAUGAUGAUAGAGCAAUGUGGGACAACUUGCCGAUAAUGAUAGCAUAUUCGUCCCUUGUCUCAAGUUUUCUUGUUGAGAGAGUGGGGGAGAAGAUUGGAUUAAGUUGUUUGAUUGCACUCCUAUCGGUUGCUUUUCUUAGUAUGAGUUAUGCAAGAAUAUUUAAUGAUUUUCGGUUGUGCAUGACGUUCCAGCUGAUUCCAUGCAUAGCCAUUCCGGGUAUGGCAUUUUUGUUCCCACCCAAAUACACUCACUCAAGAUGUUGGCUUUAUGCAGCAGGAGUUCACCUCCUAGCAAAAUUUGAAGCUGUUGCUGACAAGAAAAUAUAUCGCGCAAAUCAUUAUAUUAUCAGUGGACAUUCCAUGGAGCAUUUGUGCUCAGCAGUUGUCCCGGUCCUGCUUUCAAUUAUGCUCAUGUUUAGAAAUACAAAAUUUCAAAGAUUAGGUGACUCUAAAGAGCGUCCAUGACGAGAAUGGUUGAGAAACCAAGGCAUUCCCAAUGCAAUAGUUGCCUUGCCAGGCUGCCCAGGAUAUAUAAUGAAGUCAUUUAUAGGAAGCAACGGGUGAUUCAUAAUAGAUUUUGUUUAUGAGUGAAGAUUUAGGUUCCGAUGUAACCUCUAUCCUGUACCAAAACUCAAAUUACUUGUUAGCUAGUGAAGAUAGAAUAGAAUCUGUUGGUUUUUAUGCUCACUAAUUAUUAUUUUUUUGGUGGGGAAGGUGAUCUGUCUUUCGUAUGGUAGUUUUACUACCAGACUUUAAAUACUGUGUCAUUUCUUGGUGUGAUGCUGCUGAAAAUCUUACAUAUAUUCUGGAAAUGAUGCUUGUUUUA